GCGGCAGCCUCGGGUCUCCCGGAACGAUGGUGAAGUUGGGGAACAAUUUCGCGGAGAAGGGGACCAAGCAGCCGCUGCUGGAGGAUGGCUUCGACACCAUUCCCCUGAUGACGCCCCUCGAUGUCAAUCAGCUGCAGUUCCCGCCUCCGGAUAAGGUGGUUGUGAAAACUAAGACUGAAUAUGAACCUGAUCGCAAGAAAGGAAAAGCACGUCCUCCCAAGAUAGCUGAGUUCACCGUCAGCAUCACCGAAGGUGUCACCGAGAGGUUUAAGGUCUCCGUGCUGGUCCUGUUUGCCCUGGCCUUCCUCACCUGUGUCGUCUUCCUGGUCGUCUACAAGGUGUACAAGUAUGACCGCGCAUGCCCCGAUGGGUUCGUCCUCAAGAACACCCAGUGCAUUCCAGAAGGCUUGGAGAGCUACUAUGCGGAGCAGGACUCCAGUGCCCGGGAGAAAUUCUACACAGUCAUAAACCACUACAACCUGGCCAAGCAGAGCAUCACCCGCUCUGUAUCGCCCUGGAUGUCAGUGCUAUCGGAAGAGAAGCUGUCCGAACAGGAGACGGAGGCAGCCGAGAAAUCAGCUUAGCAAGAUGGGCAAGUUCCUUAUAAUGUGUCACUUGAAAGUAACAAAGGGACUUUGAGGGACAUUUCAUUAAAUAUAAUUAUCAAUAAUUUAGCGGUUACUCAUUUACGGUGCAGUUGCUUCUGUUUGCUAAUGCUGCUUUGCAUAUAAAACUUGCUGCCGACUACCCAUGGGCAUAGACUCAAGUGCAUAUCAGCAUUGCUUAAAGAGCUCCGACACCAAUUUUCAUGUUAAGGAAUCUUAACUUAGCCCUUUUACUGGGAUUUAUUGGAUGCUGUCAAAAAAUAAAUUUACACUGGAUAUGCCAGGGGUUUGGACUUCAGAUAAAUAAUGCAUUUUGUGGAACUGAUUUUUUUAACCCACUCUGCUGUCUGUGAACCUUACUGCAUAGCCAUAUCUAAAGUGAUCUCUUGCUUUGCUAAGAGUGAACAUACUUCACCUUUCUUCCCACCUGCCAUCAGCUGGGAACAGUGCCACCUGCUAAGACACACUGUAGUGGGUGGAGAAGGGAGGAAGCAGCACACCUAGGAGCAGACACACCCACUCCCCUGCCAUGUGCUAAUUCCUAGGUGUGGGAGAGCGCUGCAACAAGGCAUGCUCAGGGUGGGGACGGUGUAUGUUCCCAGACUGUCUCUUGGUCCCCUCGGGCUCCGGCAUCUUGAUAAAGAGGGGUGCUGCUGGUAGAGACAGCGUGGUUCACUCCAGCAUGUGUGGACUGGCCCAGCGAGGAAGGGAAGAGCUUGGUAAGAGAUGACCCUCGAGGCUGGGAAUCCGUCUCCCUGUAGGUGUCAUCUGCUCUGUGAUAUGCUGAAUAGGAAAGAAACCUUACUGGCCCUUUUGUUCACUUCUAUUACUAAUAAAUUUGCACCAACAGCCCGGUUAGCAAGGUAGUUUUUUAAAAAUUAGCUGGGUGGGACAAGUGAAAAUGUAACUGCUGGUAAGCCAAGGAUACUUUAAUUUUUAUUUUGUGAAACAGAAAUAACUCCCUUGAUGUAAGAAACAGGCAGGAAAGGCUGGUAGGGGCUGGUGUGGCGCCUUGCAAAUAUAGCUACUGACAUUUCAAUUCAGUCUUUGUAAGGAAAUUGUUUCAGUUUGAAUCUUGACAUUAAAAUUUAUGUUUACGAAAUUGACAGAUAAGCUAAGUGUGUAAGACAAUUAAAUAGAAAGAAGAUAUCACAGAUGUUUUCUUCCAUGUUAUUUGAAUGUAUUGUUUCUGGUGGACAUGUCAAAAGUUUCACUGUUUUUAGUAGAUCAGAAAUAAACGGCAAAUAGUGCAAGAUCUGUUGCAAACAAGCAUGGUGGUCACGGCCACCCCUGAUAUUGUUUCCUGAAAUGGGCUUCCAAGACAUAAAAUAAAUCUUACUAUCAAGGGUGUUUGGAAACAAAGGCCAUGACCUCAGCACAGUGGGUGUGCGGCACCAAGGCACGUGCUGUGAAGGAUGCUGUGAAGCCGUGGGGCACACAUCAGAGCAAUAAAUAUGUGCCAAAACUCCUCUUGCACACCUCUGGAUGGACAAAGGAAGCCCACGUAAGCACAGGACAGAGGGAAACCCCAUUUGUAUUUUCUAGUAGACAUGUACUUUAUUGACUGUAAAUUCAUUCACAUGUAACUUCUAACAUUUCACUCUGUGCAAAUAAAGAACACAAGGAUA